AUGACAAUGCAAGAUGUGCAUAUAAGUAUUGCCGAAGUGAUCGAAGUUCGCGGUUACGGUUUGAAUGCGCCCGAACUAUUGUCAGUCGCAGUUAGCGCUUCCGAUCGACUUCCGCUAUGUCCCAAAGGGACCGUUUUCGAUGUGGAAAAUGUUUUUAUAACGAGUAAAGGUUUGGUUGAGGUGAGUUUGGAUAACUUGUUGAAAAAUGUGGCAGCCGUAAAAAAUAAAAACCAGUGCAAAAUUGAAUGAAUGACAAACUCGUUACUUCGUCAGUCGCGUGCGGCUAUGCGUCGCGGUCGAGGAAUAAUCCAUUUUUCUUUUGUUUUUUGACCGCGACGCAUAGCCGCACGCGACUGACGAAGUAACCAGUUUGUCAUUCAUUCAAUUUUUAUUUUUUACGGCUGCCACAUUUUUCAACUUCGACUAAAUGACAUUUUCAUGUUUUUAAGCUUGAAAUAUUGGGUUUUAAUUUUAUUCAUAUGAUAGAAUGGUCUAAGACGAACAGAAUGAUAUAGAUUUUGAUGAUUUAGGGACUUAUCGACUAAACGUCGCUAAAUCACUUACGGAUAACGUAAACUCAUCAAAAUUUAUAUCAUUCUGUUCGUCUUAGACCAUUCUAUCAUAUGAAAAAAAUUAAAACCCAAUAUUUCAAGCUUAAAAAACCUGAAUGAGUGUUUUUGAAGAUAAAAACAACGCAUACUUCAAAAGUUGAUCGAAGUUAUAUCCCUCCCGAAUGGUCAAAAGGCGAAGAAGACCCGCAAGCUGCCGCAGUUUAUUGCCUCGGCGCAGUUCUCCGCGCAGCUGGCGCCGAAGAAGCUUCCGAUGUCGAUCUCUUCUCAUUGGUCAAUAUUCUAACCGUCGCAAUGACCGGAACUCGUCCAACAGCUCAUCGAAUGGGGCAAAUGGCUAGAAAUCAAUUGCGCGGACGAGACCCGGCUUCAAUGUUGAUGUGUGUUUAUGAGGAAUUGAUGGGCGAUGAGGAGACGAAUAAUAUUGAUGUGGGCGAUUUGGACGAUUUAGAGGAUGACGAGUUUUUGGAUGAUGAAGUUGGCGGGAAUGAGAAUUCGACGCGGGGACAAGUUGUGUUUUCGGGCAAUAAUAAUGUGAAAAAAGCUGUGGAAUAUUUUGAAGAUGAUGGAAGAGGUAACGUUUUAUUGA